CGUGCCUGUCAGAGAGGACGGGGUGUUCAUGAAUGCGAGCUAGUGUCAGACUACAUGUUUGCGUGAAUGAAUGUGCGUGUCUCCACAUGUGCGUGUGUUUGUGGAUAUAUGCACGAGAAUGUAAGUAAAGUUCAGUUCAUUGACGCAGCGCGCUGAACACUAGCGGGAUUCCAGGAGCAACAGUCAAGCGGGGGACGGACUGUUUACGCCUGAAUAUAGCUUCACACAGGCCAUGGCACGAUGUGGAGCCAAGGGGACAUGUUUCUUGGGGCCAAAUGUGUACCCAGAGGCCCCUGAUGGAGGCUGGGGAUGGGUGGUGGCUGGAGCCUUUUUCUUGGUAGAGGUUUUCACCUAUGGCACCAUCAAGAGCUUCGGCAUCUUCCUCCAGGACCUAAUGGAGGAGUUUGGAGAGACCAACAGUCGGGUCUCCUGGAUUGUUUCCAUCUGCUUGUUUGUCAUGACUUUCAGUGGUCCUCUCUCCUCUGCGAUGACUAACCGCUUUGGGUUCCAACUUGUUGUUAUGAUUGGAGGAUUACUUAUUUCCUCAGGUACCAUUGCCACCACCUUUACCAGCUCCAUCAAUCAAAUGUACAUCACCUAUGGAGUAGUUGCAGGUCUGGGCUUCUGUCUGACCUUCCUGCCCACUUUGACCAUCCUUUCGCAGUACUUUAACCAUCGGCGUGCUCUGGUGACAGCUGUGGCUUCCACUGGAGAGUCCCUGUCCAUGUUUGCCCUGGCACCAGCCUUUUCUGCAUUGAGGGACCAUAUUGGCUGGAGACAUACCAUGGCAGUGAUAGGAGCUUUACAAAGCACCAUCAUCAUCUGUGGUGCUCUGCUUCGGCCAAUCAUUAUCAAACCCAGAGAGACCCAUGAGGCAGAGACUGACAGGUCGUACCCAAAGGAACUGGAAGCCCUCAGUACACAAGAGAAUGUAGAGAGCACCAAUUCAAAGGACUCUAUGACCAAAAAUACCUCACAUGCACAAAGUAGUCUGGACAAUGAGCGGACCAUAAGCUCAGUGAGCACCGGAGACUCUGGUGUCCAGUCUCUCAAGGACACCGACAACAGCAGACCAGAGGAGUGGACUUUGCUGCACAAAGAAGCAAGGUUAGAGACAGAAGAGAUAUCCGUGGAGAGCAGUAUGGCAAAGAAUAGAGUGUGUGAAAAGAACAAAGAUUCAGAGAAACAAGUGAUAAAAGAUGAGGAAAAGAAAUUGGUUGAUGAAAAGCUAUCAGCAAAGAAUUGUAAACUUCUAGAUUUCUCCAUUCUCAGAGAGUGCAGCUUCAUUCUCUACUCUCUGUUUGGACUGUUUGCAACGCUCGGCUUCUUCGCCCCUCAUCUCUACAUCAUUGAGCUGAGUGUGAGUCGAGGUGUGGAGCGGGACCGCGCCACGUACAUGCUUUCCACCAUGGCUGUGGCUGAAAUUUUUGGCCGUUUCUUCAUUGGGUGGAUCCUGACAAGAAGGCUGUUCAGGAAGAAGAAGCUGCUUGUGCUUCUGGCAUGUGUAAUUAUGAUUACUGCGGAUCUGGUGGGAUUUACUUUGGUGACGGAGUUCUAUGGCCUGGCUGUGUGCUGCGCUUGGUAUGGGUUCUUUAUGGGAACCCUAGCAUGCACCCACAUCCCCAUGCUGGCUGAGGAUGAUGUGGUGGGCAUAGAGAGGAUGUCUUCAGCUGCUGGUGUUUAUGUGUCCAUACAGAGCUUUGCUGGGUUGGCUGGACCCCCACUUGGAGGUGUGCUGGUGGAUGUGACUCAGAACUACGGAUCAGCCUUCUACUCCUGUGCAGCUGGCAUGGCAGUUAGUGCCGUCUUCCUGGGUUUGGUAAAACCAGCUAAGAGAGGAUUGCUCUGCAGGAAGAGGAACUCAAAAUGCCCUGAAGAUGUACAUGAAAGGAAAGGUUACUCUGAGGAACACAGUGCAGUGCAUAAACCAACCAACAGUACGGACAGUCCUGAGGGCUGCUCUGAAGUAGAUGCCAGCUUGGUUCACGACCAGGCGGUGGCUGCAAGUGUCCCGGAGGUUAUACGUUUUGCUUGAGCUGAUAACAUAGGAUAAGGGUAAAAGGGUCAAGCCAUAUGAGAAAAAAAAGGAAUCAAGUGUUGAAGUGACAUGUAUAGUGCCAUUGUAGAUUUGGGCUCUGAGAGCAAACUAGAACUUUUCGAUCAUAAUAUGUAUGCAGCAAUUGUGCCUUACAUACUGUACCUUUAGUGUAAGUGCCGUUAAAUUGAAAGAGUAUGCUAUUAAAUUACAAGACUAUAUCAGAAGCUUUGAGUAAGCUUGUGAUAUAGUCUUGUCAAUGGUGCAAGAUAUGGCUGUAAGCAUGGACGUGUUCAAAGUGGACCAUGAGUGUUAAUGGAGGUUUUAGAUAUUUCAGAAGCAAGAUGAAACACUGAUACUUGAUGAACUAAUUACCUGCUGGUGAUCAAUACCAUAAUGAUAGCCAGAAAAACUGUGACGCAAAUGUAGCUGCAAGAACAAAAAAAUUGCACAGAUUCUGUAACACGUGUUAUAGAAAAUACAUAAAGCUCAGGUGAUAAUGUAUGUGAUUAAACGUGUUUAUUUUGAAUCAACCUGUCGCCAAACUGACAAUGCACUGUUAAGUGAUAUGAGAUAUCAGACUCAAAAAACUAUUUUUGUAAUGAAAAAGCAUUCAAUCACAAUAAAGCAAAAGUGUGAUUUGAUCCUCUCAA